CUAAAUCAGUUACUGUCGGACCAGUUGUCUCACAUCAGACAUCAUCUCACCUCUCAUGCCAUCACCCGAUCGGUGGUCAACACUAUGGAUGAAGAAUUCGCGGGACAUCUGUUGCAUCAGUCGAGCCUUUGGGGCAAUCAUGAGCUCUUGGAGGACCUGCUCUCUGGACCACAGAUCCAAUACCUGAACGCAACCGACUCUAAAGGCCGGACAGCACUUCAGGCGGCCGUCUGUUGUGACAGCGAGUCCUGCACUCGGAUUCUUCUCACCCGCGGAGGACAAGUAAAUGAUCCGCAAAACAACAUAAUUGGAAAGAGUCCUCUACACAUCGCCGCAGAGAAUGGAAACAUAAAUAUUAUAAAACUAUUACUCGAACACAAAGUGGAUGUCUUGGCAAAGGAUGGCAACGGGUUUACAGCUAUGGAUAUCGCCGAACAAAGUGGACACAAACUGGUUAUGCAAUUGCUUAAAGAUGCUGUCGAUAAUAUGGAGAGAAUUCGUCAGGAUUUGUACGAAUCUCUUGCCAUUUACUGUUCAAAAGGCAAUGCAGUGGAAGCGGUUGACAUACUUGCAAAGAUUGGAACCGAUGCUGAAGUGAUCGUGAAUAAGACGCCCAACGGUUGCAAUACAUUGCUGUUCAGGGCCUGUCAGGACGGUUACACAAAUAUUGUUGAGUUGUUGAUCAGCAAAGGAGCCGACGGUCGCAUACAUCCGGUCACCAAAUACUCGCCCCUUUAUAUCGCCUCAUAUUUGGGGCGCAAAGAAAUCGUCGAAAUUCUUUUAAAUCAUUUCCCAAAUCUGGUGAAUGUGUCUACUGUUGAGAAAUGGCUGCCAAUACACGCGGCGGCCAUUAAUAAUCACCUGAAUGUCAUCGAUUUGCUGCUGAAUUUUGAUUACCCGAAGUCUAAUCUUCAAACUUUUCACGACAAGAACAAACAAUACGAGUAUUACAUGCCGUUUGAUAUCAACGCCCAGGACGUGACCGGACAGACAGUUCUCUAUGUGGCCGCACUCGUCGGCAAUCAGCGUCUCAUUGACUUUCUAUUGAGUUUUAAAGUCUGUGCGAUUCGGUUGGAAAAGCAAAGCGAUAAACAAACUGACUGUGAAGUCAAAAGUGAUAAAAAUAGCCCUAAUUGUGGUGAUAGUAAAGACGUUACUAUUUGUGAUUCAACUAAUUCUAGUCCAACCAAACAAAGAUCUGCGGUCCAAAAGAUUAUGGAUAAACUCAGUCCUACUUCUCCUACUUUUGAUAGAAAUGUGAUUUACGUUAAGAACAAUCGCUUGAGUAAAGAGUCAAACUCACCGAUAAAGACGUCCGUAAAUCCGGUUAUAUUAGACAUCUAUAGUAACAAUAAGAGCGAAACUCCACUCCACGCGGCAGUCGCUAAGAAACACUAUCCGAUCGCUUCGGCACUACUAACGCACGGAUCUAAUCCCAAUCUCGCCGUUCAUCUCAAUUGUGACGAGAGAUCGCAAACUGAAGACCAGACCUCCACUUCACUGAAAGAGGCGAUACGUAAUCGCGACGCUUCUAUGGUUGACCUCUUGAUUCGAUUUGGCGCUCGCGAUGAUGACUGUCUCGCUCUUAAAGUGGCCUCAAAUAAUGGCGACAAUCAUCUUAUGGCCAAAUUACUGUCUCUCAAAUCACAUCCCGACCCGGAGUACAAGAUAAACAAGAAGGCGCUUCAAUUUAACACCGGUUCCGGAGGAGUGGGUUUUGUUGGGUUGACACAUCUUCGCAAACAAUGGCUUAUCGACGCAUCCAUUGCUCACAAUAUCAAACUGAAACUCAAUUUGCAAAAUCAAGUGACGGCUAUCACUGCAAUCACUCGACUCGAUCUAUCAAACAAUGAGUUAAAGCAAUUGCCAUUUUGUUUGUUUCAAAUGCCAUCACUAGUUAUCAUGAAUUUAUCGCAAAACAAUUUGGAAACCCUUCCGGAGACGGACACCGACUUAUUAUCGCCACUCGAGGCCACAAAGUCUGGAUUCUCUCGACUCAGGAAAUCAAGAAGCUAUUCAUCGACCCUCACGUCACACAGUUCCUCCAAUCAAAGCAAUGAUUUGUCCAACAAUAAGAUCCAUUCCUUGCCCUACGCUUUCUGGACGGCACCGAAGUUACGAGAAAUUAAUCUUUCAUUGAAUUUAUUGCGUGAUCUUCCCGUUCGCGUCACUUCUACUCCCAUCUCAUUAUCACCGAAACAUCUAACGAAUGAUCUAUUGCUAGAAAACGCGAUAAUCAAUGAAAGCGUUGAAAUGGAUGACAAAGAAUCGGAUUGUGAACAGAAAGUGACCGCAAAUUUAGUUCAAAAAGAGGUGAAUCGUGUGAAUCUGUGGAACCAAAACGUUGAGGUCGUGGCCGUCGCCCACAACGACGAGGAAUCGGAUGCGCGACAAAACUGUAAAUUAGUUUCACUUAAUCUAUCACACAAUGGAUUCCAGAGAAUACCUCCCACUCUGUCGUGUUUGGCCGUCAAUUUGACGCGACUUAAUAUGAGUUACAAUUGUUUGCAAUCCUUGGGUUGUGUCAAAUCUUUUCCACUCACUAUUAAACACAUAGACUUAUCUCAUAACCAGAUCUCCGAAUGUGCCAAACCAUACGCCAGAAUGAAGCUAAUGAUUGUUGGCGUUCAGGGCAUUGGAAAGACUUCUCUUUUGGAACUGCUUAGACAAGAGGGCGGCGGUUCUUAUAAGCGAAAACCUCCCGAACAUUGGGCCAAACGAAUGGGUAAUAAGAACGUGAAUAUGAAGACUCCGCGCGGAGUGACGCUCUCAACGGUUGGCGUCGAUGUCUGCGAAUGGACUUUCGAGAAGAAAGUGAGAGGACAGCCAUCCUUUGGCGCCGUUUCCUUUAGGACGUGGGAUUUCGGGGGUCAACGAGAGUAUUACGCGACUCAUCAGUAUUUCCUGUCGAAGAGAUCUCUAUAUUUAGUCGUCUGGAAGAUUAUAGACGGCGAGAGAGGUGUCGACGGAAUAUUCCAGUGGUUGGUCAACAUCCAGGCGCGCGCUCCCAACUCUCCCGUCAUUAUAGUUGGCACUCAUUAUGAUUUGGUUAAGGAAUACUUUCCGCCCUUUUAUGCCGAAGAAUUGCAACAAAAUAUACGCCAGAGGUUUAUGAAUGUCGUCGACCCCGACAAGUGUGGUCUUCCGCGAGUCAUCGACUCCAUUGAAAUCAGUAUCAAAACUAAACAUAAUAUAAAACUGUUAUGUAAUCUCAUUUACGACACUGUGUUUGAGUUGAGAUGUCCGGGAAGUAAAGAGCGUCUACUCGAACAGAGAGUUCCGGCCACUUAUCUGGCGCUCGAAGACGUUGUUUCCUAUUUAGCAUUGGAACGAAAACAAGAGGGAAAGGAUCCGGUGUUGCGUUCAGAACAAUACAAGACAGCAGUGAUCGGAGAAAUGAUGAAUCGAUACGGAAUGACAUUCAGAGAUAUGUCUGAAUUACAUUCGGCCACAAUAUUUCUCCACGAAAACGGAGUUCUACUUCAUUACGAAGACUCCACUCUUAAAGAUAUAUAUUUUCUGGACCCGCAGUGGCUCUUCGAUAUGUUGGCACAUGUGGUCACUAUUCGGGAGAUUAAUCCUUACGCCCAAAAUGGUCUUAUGAAGAUUGAAGACUUGAAGCAAUUGUUUAAGCUAUCGAAGUGCGCGCCGACAGACGCUCAGACAUAUUUACUUAAUUUACUCAACAAGUUUGAAGUGGCGGUCACGUGGGACAGCCGUACUCUUCUCAUCCCAUCCCUAUUGCACGGCGAAGAAGAUCUGCGCGCAGGGCUUCCCGGCUGUGAUGUUAGGAUUCCCGUGCGUUCGAGGGGUUGGGCCCUCAGAAAAGGUUCCGACAAUUUAUCGACCAAUACAUUGACAAUCAAUUUCCAGACACACCCUCUCUUUGAUGCGCCAAAAAUUCCUCCCAUUUUAUGCGUCGAAGAAAUUCAGGUAUCGAUUCCACAGACGCCUCAAUCUGUGAACAAAAAACAAAUACAAUGUACUGUUCGUGUGAUUACUCGACCAAAACAUUCUGUCCAUCGACUUCUUUUGAUGACAUACUUUCCCAGCGGUUUCUGGUCUCGACUUAUGGCCCGUAUUUUAGGCGACGAUUCAAUCAUUGAUAUCAUUAGAUCUUAUUUUAAAAUCCCGAUCAACGCUCAGUCGGAUCCUAUCCUUCUGUCGCUAUUCAAUACUAAAGCCGAAUGGCUUUGUUGGCAGACAGGAGUGGCUUUGAAACACUUUCACUCAUAUUUGAUUCGUGUUAAAGAAGUCUUUUCUCACUUACCUCUCAAUCCGUAUGACUUUUAUAACAUGAAAUUUCUGCUCCAAAUGGAUGGCCAGUGGAGAGACAUUCAAAUUAACAAAUCAUCUUUACUUGAGAUUUAUUUACCAAAUCAUUGCUUAUCUGUUGAGACAACUGAUUCGGAAGGCGUUAACAGAUGUUAUACAUUAGAGCCGAACCAAGAAAUGGUCGCCAAAUUACUCGUUAUUGUUGUCGAACAUAUGGACACACUAUUAGAGGAUUGGUAUCCAACGUUAGGCACACGCUUUGUCCACACAUCCGAAGGAAAGUUUUUAGUGACACGUCUUGUUCCCUGUUCUUCGUGUCUUAUGAGCCAAACGCCUUCUCCCAAUUCAAACAACUUCUUCCCAACUCUAAACACAACUCCAAACCAAUUGCGAUCGCCGGACGAUAACGAGUGGCAAAUGCUUGACUUCGGCAACGGAGGUGUCCAACGAAAUAUCGGUUCUUCCGAUUCACGCGACAGCGGAAUGGGUGGCGAAUCACGCGAAUCAAGUCGAUUGUCAUCCGUCGAAAGCGUUCAGAAAACGAGUCCUCAAAGCAAUCAAAGUUACGAUAAGAAUAGCGGCGAAGAGACAGUCGUUUAUUCGUUUUUAGUUGAAGAAUGCAUUUUAGCUGUUUAUGAACAGAAGGCAGUCAUUUGUCCCAUUCAUUCGAGGCUUAAUAUGCAGGCCAUAGCGCCCGACACUGUCUUCUACGAUCUCGGAGAUCAUUAUCUCAUAAAACCCGAUAAACUAAGAUAUGGCAAACUGUUAGGUCGCGGGGCGUUUGGCUUUGUAUUCAAGGCUAGUAUUAAAGACUCGACUAAUUAUAACGUAUUGGACGUAGCGAUGAAAAUGUUGCAACCGGUAGAUCCGGGUCACAGCGCUCGCAAGUCAGACAUCGUUGCAUUCAAAGCGGCUCACAAUCGGUGGGAAAGAGAUCCCAUGCAAUACGCCUGCAAAGCAUACUGUACUGCACGACAAGAAUUGAAUAUUCUUCUUCAUCUGAAGCAUCAGAAUAUCGUACCAUUGGUUGGAUUGUGUACUAAACCGUUGUCUAUAAUCCUUCAAUUAGCGCCAAUGGGUUCUCUCGACCACAUCAUUAAGAAUUAUCGUCGAUCUGGAGUGCAGUUCAAUGUAUUGGUUCUGCAAAAGAUAAUGCUUCAGAUCUCGAAAGCGUUGGAAUAUCUUCACAGACAGCGAAUCAUAUAUCGAGACCUCAAAUCCGAGAACGUGUUGGUCUGGGAAAUGCCUCAACCCUUCGAAUCUUUCCAUCCCUUCGAUUGCCCUAAAGUUGACAUAAAACUCGCCGAUUAUGGCAUCAGUCGGCCAUCGCUUCCCACCGGAACCAAAGGCUUCGGAGGAACUGAAGGAUUUAUGGCACCGGAAAUCAUGCGAUACAACGGCGAAGAAGAGUAUACGGAGAAAGUGGACUGUUUUUCAUUCGCAAUGUUUUUGUAUGAAUUGCUUACUUUACGGCUUCCGUUUGAAAAUCAAGAGUGCGUUAAAGAGCAUGUGCUCGAAGGGGGUCGACCGCCACUCGCCCAACGAGACCUCUCAUAUCCCAGUUAUUUCAUCGAUAUAAUGACACUUUGUUGGGCACAACAUCCCCGAUCCAGACCAUCGUUAAGUCAAAUUGUGUCCAUUAUCUCUGCCCCAGAAUUCACUCACUUAUUGGAUGUGAUUUCUCUUAAUGAAAAUUAUGCCGUUUUAUGCGCUAAAGGAGUCAACACUUGUGACAAUUCUUUGCGACUAAUUCUCUCCAGAAUUGGUAAACAAACAGAUCUGAUAACUUGUAAUGACUUUUGUUGGACUAAUUACGAGACAAUCGCUCCAUUGAAUAACGUGACUGUAAUGAGCGUAUGUCUUGUGGACAAUGAGAUCUGGUUCGGCGACUCGAAGGCAGCGAUUCAUAUUUAUUGUGUCAAAACAUUUGAGACAAUCUCUUGUAUUGAGUUAGAACUGGAGGACAACACUCCCACCGCUAUUCAUUGUAUGUGUUACGUGAGUGCCAUCAGACAAGUGGCCAUUUCUAGCAGUAGCGGUCGGUUAUGGAUGUGUAGUACAAAUGAUCACAGUUUCAAAGAGAUUGGAAACAACGGAAUCGCCUUCUUAUGUGUUGUAAACGUUGAUAUAAGCGCUCAAAACAGCGAUUCCAGUAAUUGCGAGCUUUGGUGCGGACAGUCUGAGGGCAACGUUGCUAUUAUUACUCUAUCGGAAACUCUCAUUAAAUCCCAACACAUUGUUAGCCAUUACGACGACGACAGCACUGACUUCCGAACGCCAAUCAGCGAACGAUUUGAUGUCUUCAUGAUUGAAGCGCUCUAUCCAUACGUUUGGACGUAUUUAUACCCCGGUUGCAUUAUAUGGCAGUGGGAUGUGAACGCCAGGCGAAUCCUGUCCCGAUUGGACUGUUCAAAGCUGGCGCCCUGUUCUGAGAGCUUAAUGUCCAUCAGUAUUGAAGAUCAUUUGAGUCCGGGCAGUUGUCGAGUGACGGCAUUGACUGUAUUAGAGGAGAGGUGUGAGCUCUAUAUCGGCACCACAUUUGGCUGUGUUAUUAUAGUGGAGGGCAAGACUAUGAGACCCAUCACUGUGUUUCGGCCGUACGACGAGGAGGUCAAGGCUAUCAUUAGCUUUAAGCCAAUGAAACGGCCCGUCUGUACGACCGCUUCCAAUGAGUUUUUAAGCGACAAAACUGACGGCAAAGAAAUGAUCGCUACAAUCGGUAGAGGAUAUCGAUGUCUAUUGAGUCGAUUCCUUAGUUUAGAUAAAAACAAAUCCAUUACACAAAGAGGUCUUCACUCUAUUCUGUGGUCA